AUGGAAGCGUCAGGAGUCCCUCAUGAUGCCGGUGGACUAUUCAACCGCCUCACUCAAGUUGGUGUGACUCCGACCAGGGAGGCGUGGCGGGGCACUGCGAUGCUCACGUGUCGGUUUAUGACCCAGGCUUUUGGUAGCGACCUCGCCUUCGACUUCAUCGGCGGUGCUAAUGCUUGCUUUAUACUCGUACAGUCUGAUCCAGAAUCCUCAAACCUAGUAGCUAUCUUUGGUAAUCUUAAGACCCUACCGCCUCCAGUCAAGCGUACGGCCUCUCCGCCUCCACCAAAUGAGUUCAACGCUCCCAAGCCAGAUAGGACUCUCCAAUGGAGUGCUGUGCUGUACAGUUCAGAAGUCUUCCAGCGGGGCAAUAAGAUGCCUCCGGCUAAGCGUCUGCGAUUGAAUCGAGGGAACUUGGACUCGUCAGGAGCCCAAGGGUAUACUUCACGCUUAGGAGAGCGCGACCCUUUGAAGAUCUUCCCACAGCAGCUCACAAACAGGGAAGAUUUCACCGACCUUCCUCUCGGUGCCUUGACGCAGUUUCUGUCAACCUUGAGCAGUGGGUUGAGGAACCGUGCAUUAGAGCUACUGGGCCACUGGCAGAGCGAUGGGCGUUUGAAGGGACUGAGGGAUGCCUACGUCUUCCAGCAGCUGAAGCCCAUCGAGGAAUACCAAGUGGAGCCCCACGAAGCUUGUCGUGUGGCUGUACAGAUUCUAGCGGAGAUGAUGCCUGAGGGGCUUCUUGGUUGCGGCAAGAACCGCAAGAUUGUACUCCGAAAUGUGAGGAAGUGUUAUUCCCUUCGAGCAGGUGAGACCAUUGGGCUGCGAAGUCUUACUUCUGGUAUGCGAACAAGAGCAUUCAGGAGUGUCUCCCAGAAGACAGCCCAACUGUAUUUGGCCGAAGUGGUCUGGUUCAUCUUUGAUGAUGUUCUCCUGCCCAUCACACGUAUGUGUUUCUAUGUGACGGAAGUCCAGGACAAGAGAGUUACGGGUAGACUGCACUACUUUUACAAGCCGGACUGGAGUGCGCUAUGUGCCAGAGCGGCCAGAGGGUAUGUCGCUCAUGUUGGUCUCCAACGAGUUGGAGAUGAGCAUCGGGUUACAUCAUCACCGGAGAAAGUCUCCCAAUGGCUGAAGUCACCUGCAAGCUCGAUGUCUGAUGGGUCGAGUAGUGGCUCAGAAUCGCUGACCGAGGGUCUUGCCGUACAGACCGCGGCUUUCAGUGGUUAUGGCCUGGCCUUGAUGUCGGUGAAGGAUAGGACAGCAGAAGCUCCUCCUGUGAGGCGGAGCAUUCGAAAGAGAUAUCGGAAUGCGAACUCAUGCCGGGUCCGCUGGAUUCCGAAGACCAAAGGCGGUAUGCGGCCGAUAGCGCAACCGCCGAAGUGCUAUCAGUCGUCCGGUCGAGUCUGUCAUCGUGAACUCAUACGACCAAUUAAAUUCUCUGGCCUCCUUGGUCGCUCGGUGCUCGAUCGUGAUCAGCGUACAGGAGAGCUCGAAGAGUUCGUCCGCAAAUUCCCCAACGAGGACCUUAAAGUCGGCAUCUACGAUCUCAAGAACUGUUAUGAGAACAUCAAGCACGAGGAUGUGGUGGCAGCUCUCCGUCGUUUAGAGAGGCCAGUCGAAUCACUCAAAGUCCUCAAGUUUUACAGAGGGCAUGCCGUGACACAGGAAGUCGGUCUCCCAAUCAACCAGCUUCUCAGAGUCUCUAUACUCCUACCAAACACUCUCACCAAGGUGGCACUUAAAUCCGCGACUAUGGAACGCGUGAAGAGAAUCUUGAAUAACGUUGAACUAGUUCUACCACACGGACGGUACACUUUCGAUAUGAAGGGGCUGAUACAAGGAGGAACUCUCUCGCCAGUUCUUUGCUCGUUGGCCCUCGGGACAACGGACCCUCUCGCAGACGCCCCGCUGUUCACCGCAAGGCUAGUGGAUGACGGCUUGCUGGUUGGUAUGGAAGAGCAGGUGUCGAAAUCACUAGAAGUUGUGAAAUGCACUUGGUCUACUGCACAUAAGACGGCCUCGACUGGUAGCGGUGGCGACGUUCAAUGGGCAGGCUUCAUCGUCAGUCCCAACGGUCGCUGGUUGAACUUUUCUUGCCGUCCUGAGUCUUCCGGUGCCUCUUGUCGGGCUGGGGAUGCGACCAAGUCGGUGACAUCGUGGGUAGAGCGUUCUCUCAAGCGAUCCCUUGGACAUCGUAUGACUACGACACUCAUGAGUCGAACAUUGAAUGAGAAGUCCACCAUCCGAGGGAACAUGCGAGCUGCUAUGAGGAUGGCUUCUACCAAGCUGAGAUCGACAAUUGCUCGAAGGCGGAAGAUUCACAAGAUUCGCACGCCGUUGAAUCAGAUCGACGAGGCUGAAGCUCGACUCAAGUUUUACAUCGAGCAAAGAAUGCUGAGCCGUCAGAGACUUUCUUAA